ACUGACCAUGCAUUAAGCAAAGAUGAUUAGUUUGACUCAAGCGAUUCUAGCCUGUGUCACGCUAGUUGUAGUCACAAUUGUUGGUGCAGCUGUAGAAAUAUGUCAAGAAUCGAGAUGUCCCGGUCCUCUUCCACAGAUGCAAAAGAUUGUGGCGGGAGACAGAAAAAUUGAAUAUUUUCUUAACUCAUCGUUAGUAGUAAACAACCCUUCAUGGUGUAUUAACGGGUUUCACGUCACAGAUAACGCCAUAUUUACUAUGAUGCAGUUCCACGUGGAUGACAAUAACAUACUUGUUUAUAAUCCUUCUCCUGAUGAUCGAGCUAAUGGACUAACACUUUAUGCGGUAGACAAUGAUCGUGACUGUACCAACAAUACGAACCUGAUCACCGUACAGUCGAAUGUAGGAAACAUAUCAGCCAGACUUGUCCUCAUUCAUAUUGUUGAAGUGUCAUGCCCAGCAUUACCUCACCCAGUAUAUGGGAAAGUAGUGCAUGUGACAGAUAGAACAGCCAAUUACAGCUGCAACCCUGGGUUCAACCUAAAUGGGAACAGUACAAUAACUUGUGUAACAAAUACUGUUGAGAAAGUGGGGGAAUGGAUUGAUUCUCCACCAACUUGUGAACCCAUUACCUGUGAAAGACCACAAAUAACUAAUGGUACCGUGGAGUUUUGCGGUGAUAGUCAAGAACCAAACAGAACAUCUUUCGGAGCUAUUGCCACUUUCCAUUGCGAUGAAGGGUACAUUUUGAGUGAUAACACAACUCUAAGUUGUACUUACGGAAUAAGUACAGAAAACUCCUCGAGCGAGAAUGGUAACUGGAGCAGCACGCUUCCAACUUGUGAACCCAUUACCUGUGAAAGACCACAAAUAACUAAUGGUACCGUGGAGUUUUGCGGUGAUGGUCAAGAACCAAACAGAACAUCUUUCGGAGCUAUUGCCACUUUCCAUUGCGAUGAAGGGUACAUUUUGAGUGAUAAAACAACUCUAAGGUGUACUUACGGAAUAAGUACAGAAAACUCCUCGAGCGAGAAUGGUAACUGGAGCAGCACGCUUCCAACUUGUGAACCCAUUACCUGUGAAAGACCACCAAUAACUAAUGGUACCGUGGAGUUUUGUGGUGAUGGUCAAGAACCAAACAGAACAUCUUUCGGAGCUAUUGCCACUUUCCAUUGCGAUGAAGGGUACAUUUUGAGUGAUAACACAACUCUAAGGUGUACUUACGGAAUAAGUACAGAAAACUCCUCGAGCGAGAAUGGUAACUGGAGCAGCACGCUUCCAACUUGUGAAGCACUACAACCCCCAACAACCUCAGUUACACCAGUCACUAAACCAAUAAUAAUCAAGAUAACAGAUCCAGAAGGCAUCUCAAUAGUUUUAAGUGCUUUUAUUGUGGGACUAGUGCUAGGUGUCCUUGCAGCCAGUGUGGUCUGUUAUGUCUGCGUCAAAAGAACUCCGACCAUAUAUCCAAUAACCAGUUGUACAGUGGAAGGAAACUUAAAUAGAAACGAUGUCUUAAACGGACACAAUGAUUAUCAAAUGGAUGGAAUUGAAGACUCGCAAAAACAAGAUUCAUAACAUUCCCCAUUUUGUCUGUAUUUACUUAAUCUGUACGAGGUCAAAACUACCCUCAUUACUAAAACUAGCACAACAUUUGUUUUUACAUGACUGUGCUGUUUACAACCAGUCUCAAACUUUCCCUUUUCUAAAUGCUCCGUGUCUUAAUCUCAUUGUACUGCACAUAAGGCAAUGUAAUAUUAUACGCAUACCUUGUCACAUUA